CUUAUGGGAGCAGGAGGAAACUGCGAGCCUGAAUCUGUCGGUAGACUCCAUGAGGUCACAUGUGCUCAGCCGAGGAACAGUCCGAGCACUCAAACUCCCGUAAAACCUCAGCAUUUCAUUUUUCCACUUUUGCUUUUUGUACGGAUUAAACAAGAACACCAUAGCAAUUCAUCACAAAAGAGAAGUCCAAGUGUGAAAUUAAAAUGACAAUCAAAGAAACUGAAAGGAUGUAACUGCUGACCUCGGCUUCAAUUACAGCCGUGUGACAAAUGUGGAAAGUGAACAUUACGCCCCAUGCUCUUUGAUUGCUGUAUUGAUUGCCCGCCGGCUUGAUUUAGGUCAGACCGAACACAUAUUGACUGAACAAGGACAGUUUCUUUGACAAUCUGACCUGUCAGACACUAUACAACCUCUCUACAAGUGGAUGUGCAAAUGUUGCUCAUAUGAGGCACUAAGCGACAUGGUCUGCCUGCACUGGGCCUUACGGAAUGCAAUGUCUCUGGUGAGUGAAAAACAAAUAUCUCUGUGGAUAUAAUAUUGUGUUUCUCUAGAUGGGUUUAUUGAGGGAUUCUGGACAAUAAGUGCAUUUCUGUUGAACCAAUUAUCAUGUUUUUCAAUGGAAUUCUGCAUAUUUGUAUAUCAUUUCUUAAAUUAAUCAAAAUAUGGUCUGAGAAAGGGUAAACAUAUGUUUCUUUUAUGCAGAGGACAUUCAUUAUAUACUGUGUAGUUAUGUAUGUAGUUAUGUUCUCAUCUUUUGCUUGUUCUCAUCUUUUGCUUGAUGUAAUUUUAAGUAAGUAAUACUCGUCAGUCAUUCAUGCAGAUGUGUUUAGUUUAAUGAAAUGAAGAAAAAGAACCCUGAAUAUAACUGAUUUAAUAGUUUAUUAAUUUAGCUGUAUGGAAAAUGGAACAGUAUUUUAACGUAAUGUUGAAAUAUCUCAUAACAGCAAUAGGUGGCAGUAAUAUCUCAGAAGAAGCAUCUUUUACAUACCCUGUGAAAAAAAAAUUGUAUUCUUUAUGUUUUCCCUUCAUUUCUCCUUUUUGUCAUGUUCUAGUCUCCAUAUUUGUCUGUAAAAAUAAGAAAUCUGGAUACCAAAUUGUAUAUAACAUAUAUUAAGGGUUUCAAUAUUUUGAAUCUUGAUCUUCUCUGUUCUCAGAGUGAGGAGGAUGCUAAGCCGAACAGAACACAGAGGUGUGUGCAUGCUGCUAUCUUCAGUGAUGUCUGGAACAGAGGCUCAUACCGACAGAGAGGAGGACUACAGGUUCCUCCACAGCAUGUUGAUGGAGAAGAAGCUUCAUCUGCUCUUUAAGAUCCACGAGCGGCUGAGGCGGUUUGAGAAGCGUAGCCCCGCCCCCGUCCUUGAGCACGCAGCGAGUCUGGCCUCAGAAUUGGCGGAGGAGCUAAUAGACCAAGGCUGGAGAGACGAAGUCAAAGAACUGGUUGCCCUCUUUUCCAAACCCAACUUUAAGAUUCUCCUGGCUGUGCAUGAUGCUGUAGCUCAGAGAGACUUUGAGCCUCGUCUGCCACCAAUACCCGAUGACGCGCUGGAGGACGACGAGGAUUCGGUCAAAAUCGUCAGUCUGGUCAAAACCAAAGACCCCCUGGGGGCAACAAUUAAGAGGGAUAAAUCCACCGGGGCUAUUGUUGUGGCGAGGAUCAUGCGAGGAGGUGCAGCUGAUAAAAGUGGCCUGAUCCAUGAAGGAGAUGAGCUGAAAGAGGUGAAUGGGGUCCCACUGGAGCACAGGAAGCCAAAGGAGAUCCUUACUCUUUUGACUCAAUCUCGGGGUGAGGUUACAUUCAAAAUAGUUCCUGCCUCCUCCAAGGAAGAAAUGUCAUCAAAAAAGAAGCUGUUUAUGCAGGCUCUGUUUGACUAUGAUCCGAACGACGAUCCCACCGUUCCAUCCAAGGAUGCAGCGGUCGCCUUCAAGAGAGGGGACGUCCUUCGGAUUGUCAGCAUGGAGGAUGACACCUGGUGGCAGGCAUGUCACCUUGGGGAUAGCAACACUCGGGCCGGGCUCAUCCCCUCGCAGCAGCUCCAUGAGAGGAGAGUUGCCCUACAGCGACCUAAAGCCCUGUUCACGCCUCGACGAGUCAAACCACCAGAUGAGGGGGAAGUCGUGGAGGAUGUAGACUACGGAGCGAUAACAGGGAUCCACAUUGCUGGUUUAAGAAGGAGUUUCCGACUCGGGCGAAAGAGCAGCUUGGCCAGAGAAGCAGCUCGGUCCAGGAGGUGGAGCACAGGGGUACACAGCUCAAUUUGUCCCCCUACCUACAAAGAGGUGAUCCCCUACCACAGAGACCCCAGAGACAGACACCGCCUGGUUGUUCUGGUUGGGCCCAGCGGCGUUGGCGUUAAUGAGCUGAAGAGGAGGCUCCUGAUCUCCGACCCCGACCACUUCGGCGUCACUGUACCGUACACCACACGUGAAAGGAGAAGGCAGGAGACUGAAGGGGUGGAUUAUCAUUAUGUUUCAAUUCACAAGUUUGAAGAGGAUAUUCUCAAUCAUAGGUUUAUAGAAUAUGGGAGGUACAAAGGACACUACUAUGGAACAAGUCUAGACUCUGUGCACAGAGUGAUGGCUGAAGGCAAGGUGUGCCUCCUGGAUGUGCACCCUAAUAAAAUAAAGCACGUGUACACAUCUGAAUUCAAACCAUACAUGGUGUUCGUGAAGCCCCCGCGAAUAGACGAGCUACGCCUCACCAGACGAAGGGCUAAAUUCAUCUGCGAUGAGGAGGAUAAGACCUCAGUCAGGAUCUUUUCAGAGGAGGAUUUUGAGGACAUGAUUAACUUGGCUGAAACCAUAGAAAGCCAGUGCGGACACUUGUUUGACAAGGUGAUUGUUAACGGAGAUAUGGCCGAGGUGUUGAGAGAGCUGAAAGUGGACCUCGAGAAGGUGGAAGAGGCAGAUGUCCAGUGGAUUCCUGCUAAGUGGAGUUGCUCUUCACCAACAAAAGCACGGAGAAGUUGUGGUCAUUUGGAUGGCUGGAUUUGAACUUUGAACUCACAAAGAACAACAAAAUAAUGUCUUAAUUGUAUGUAGAUAGAAUUCAACACCUUGAACCAUGAACAUUUAAUUGUUGUCAUAUUUCACAUAUUUUUCCUGUCCUGUGAUUACCACAGUUUUCCAUGGUGUCCCUUGGUGUGUAUCUAAUUAAGCAAACAGAAUCCAUCUCUCUCCCUUCGUCUGUCCAAGAGCCAGUUUUUCUGUUGGCAUUUGGCUGAAAUAACGUUGGCUUGCAGGACGGAGAAGAAAUAGAAAAAAAGGAAACUGUCCAGAGAAACUCUACUUGUGGCUGAGUGUAAUCCCUCCCUGCCAAAUCGCAAACAUCAGCAUGUAAUUAUUCUGACAGCUGCUGCACUUCAAUUAACUGUAAUGUACACCAGAGAAAUAUUAUUAGUAGCAGUCAGGGAGGCAUUUUGCCAAAAUGCUGUACAAAAUAGGGACGCAAACAAGAUAACAGUCCAUUAAAGACUGUAGAUGAAGAAGAAGAAAAGCCUUUCUUUAUGGCAGCAAGUUUCAGAAUGUUUACAUUUUCUAGUGUACAAGUAGUUUUCACAACUGUAGACACUAGCUUGGUUCUUGAAUAUUUUUAAGGGUUGAAUUUGUGUAUUUUUAAGGACCCGAUGGUGAAAAUCUAUACCAUCAUGGACCCUGAAGUGGAAAGAAAACCUUUUUUAUUCACAAUCACACUGAGACCAUUACAAUUAAUUGGCGGAGAGUCAUUAGAGACACUCCAUUAACAAAUACUCAUAUUUGAGCGUCACAGCUGCAGAUUCAGAGGCUCUCCUCCACAAGCUGCUUAAAACCAAUUCCUUUUAAUGACUGAAUUCCUCCACAUUCAAUGGUGUUUCCUUCCCCUUGUUGGAUGCUGUACUCAAUGGGGUAUGAAGGGGUGUUAAUGUGUCUGUCAUGUUGUGUUUGUGAGGAAGAGGGAACAACGCGAUGUAUGGAGACGGUAAUGUCUUUCUAGGGACUCGGGCCUUCCCAGAUGUUCGAAGAGAAAGUAACGACCGCACAUAAAAAGCUUACUGUAAAAGCACGGUUAGGUUUUACACAUAGUGGAUUAGGCUGCAGGAAUAAAGAGCAUGCCAUAUUUUAGUUUUGCGGGCUUAUUGUCAGUGUCACAAAUAGAUGGGUAGAGAUGAAGCCCAAGCUCAGACAAAGCGUAGCAGUAUAAGUUCAUCACAUCACUGUGAAUCUGCAGGCAGCCUCUGAGAUCAUAACGAUGCCGUUUAAGACACCAGAGCGAUCCAAUGAAAACCCACCGUUUAAUGUUCACUGCAGCUCCCACUUCAGACAGCCCACAGAAGUAUGAUGUCAAUUGGUCUCGGAUGAUUUGCC